AAAUAACCAUGCAGAAGUGCACCUCUCAAUAGUUUUGAGCAUUAAAAAAAUAAUUCAAAAGAGAGGUAUUCAUAUACGUAAAGCCUAUACCGCGAUAAAGUAUCUUGGUCUGUGCCGCAGGGAGGGGUUUGCUGCGGAAGUGAAUGAUAGUAUUUUAAGGGGGCUGUACCGCGCACUAGCUGUGUGCUACCGCGCUACUUGUUGGAAGUUGUGCACGGCGCGUUUAAAUAUAGCUUCUUUAUUUCAGUCCACUGUCUCGAUCGGUUGCCAUGGCUGGGAAUGUAAAGAACGUCGUGAUAUUCGGAGCGACUGGAAUGUCUGGGCUCGCGACACUGCCAAAAGCUGCAGAGGCAGGGUACAAUGUGACUGUGCUGGUACGGGACCCUGCUAGGCUCCCCUCGGGUCACGAGGCCUCCAGAGUGGUGACUGGGGACGUCCUGAAUAAGGAGGACGUGAGGCGGGCCAUGGAGGGGCAGGAUGCUGUCAUCAUCAUUUUGGGGACCAGGAAUGACCUUGGUGCAACUACAAUGAUGUCCGAAGGCACUAGGAAUAUCUUGGAUGCUAUGAAAGAACGUGGGAUUCGCAAAGUUAUUGCUUGCAUGUCAGCUUUCCUCCUGUGGGAUCGCUCCAAGGUGCCCCCUCGUAUGUUGGCUGUCACUGAAGAUCACGAUCGCAUGUACCAGGCGCUGAAGGACUCUGGUCUGGACUACGUGGCAGUCAUGCCACCUCAUAUCGCAGAUAACCACCCCUUAACAGAGAAAUACACUGUCACUGAAAAUAUGCUGAAAGGAAGAGUCAUCUCCAAACACGACCUGGGCCAUUUUUUUGUCAAGUGUCUGUCUACAACUGAAUGGGACAGGAAGACUGUUGGGCUUGCAGGGGAAUACAGUUAAUCGAGGCUGCAUCGCCAACAGGGGGACUAGUGUAGUCUGCAUUAGCCGUUUUCACUGCUCCCCUCACCAUCGCCCUGCUCUGGGCAGGGAUGGAAAUAAGACUCUGAUUGCAUAGCAGUCUCAUUCAUUCCAGGUAUUAAUACCAUCAGCCACACUGUGUAGCAAUCAAGCUCUGGUGUGUGGUAUUGAACUCCUAGUAAAACCAGGCACUGCUCAAACUGCUAUGCAGUGGGAGUCUUGUUUCCGUCCAAUUUGAAAAGCAUCUGAAGGUGUGACGCUAAAGAGUUUUCCCCUCUUCUGUCUGGACCUGUCAGAGGGGUGCAUGCAUAUAGACUUAUAUGCAAAGAAAGGUUAUUUUGUUACAAAAAAAUAAGUGGGUACAAAUGUUCGGAAGGGGAACUGAUAUUCCCACAUAGUCGUUCCUAAGGGGAGAAAUAUUCACAGCGAACGAAGGGGGCAGUGAUAAUGGUACUGCUAAAUACUAGUAAAACACUUGGAAACACAACGAAAACAAGAUGUCAAGGGCUAGGACACUUUUGUAACUUUCAGAGUUGUUACUGGAUAAUAAAAUCUUACCAGGC